AUGAUGGCUAAAACUUUUGUCCCUGGUCCAAAAUUAAAUCUUGAUAGUAAUGGAAACUACAACAAUGAAGAUAACAUGUCCAGUGAAAUUCUGAAAAACACGGCACUGCUGAUAGUACUGAUCACCUGUUUUGUGAUUGUUUUUGCUACUUCUCAGCCUUGCCAGACCCCUGAUGACUUUGUGGCUGCCACUUCACCAGGACACAUCAUGAUUGGAGGUUUGUUUGCCAUUCAUGAAAAAAUGCUGUCCUCAGAAGAAUACCCUAGAAGCCCAGAAAUCCAGAAAUGUGCCAGCUUUGAAAUAUCAACUUUUCUUCAAACUCUGAUACACAGCAUUGAGAUGAUCAAUAAUUCAAUACUAUUGUCUGGAGUCAAACUAGGGUACGAAAUCUAUGACGCCUGUACAGAUGUCACAGUGGCAAUGGCAGCUCCUCUGAGUCUUUCUAAGUUCAGCAGCUCCAGAGAAAUUGUGGAGUUUAAGUGCAACUAUUCCAGCUACAUGCCAAGGGUUAAGGCUGUCAUAGGUGCUGGCUACUCAGAAAUAAACGCUGUCUCCUGGAUGUUGAGUUUACAGCUCAUGCCACAAGUGAGUUAUGAAUCUACUGCAGAAACCCUAAGUGACAAAAUUCAGUUUCCUUCAUUUUUAUGGACGAUGCCCAGUGAUUUCUACCAAACUAAAGCAAUGGCCCACCUGAUUCAGAAAUCUGGACGGAAUUGGAUUGGCAUCCUAACCACAGAUGAUGACUAUGGACUCUCUACACUUUUGCAGUUCAGACUGAUCUCCUUUGCAGUUCAGACGGCAGCAAAUAAUGUGUGCAUAGUCUUCAGAGAAGCUCUCCCAGCCUUCCUCUCAGAUAAUGCCAGCAAAUUAUUGGUAUUUUUGGUCAGGAUCAAUCAGACACUUGAGAGAAUCAUAGCAGAAGCCGAGGUUAAUGUCAUUGUGGUAUUUCUGAGUCAAUUCCAUGUUUUCAAUCUCUUCAGUAAAGCCAUUGAAAGGAAUAUAAAUAAGACCUGGAUUGCUAGCUAUAGCUGGUCAACAUCCACCAAGAUUGCUACCAUUCCUGAUGUUAAAAGGAUUGGCAAAGUUGUGGGGUUUACCUUUAGAAGAGGGAAUGUGUCCUCUUUCCGUUCCCUUCUUCAAAAUCUGUAUGCGUUUCCCAGUGAUAACAACAAACUCUCAAAUGAAUAUGCCAUGCUCUUGUCUGCUUGUGCACAUACUAAAGACAGUGAUCUGAGUUGAUGCAUCUCCAACUAUUCUCAGGGCACUUUGGCCUCUGAGGACACAGAAAGGAACGUCUUCCUGAGAACUGACUUCCUGUGGGAUUACACUGAACUGGGACUUGUUCACAGUAUUCAGCUAGCAGUGCUGGACCUUAGUUAUGCCAGUCAGGAUCUGUGACAAGCUUGAGGCUAUCAGAACCCCAAUGACUUUCAACCAUGGGAGAAAAUUCAAUCUAAAUUCUCCAAGGAAUGCAGUCCUGGGCAAAUGAAGAAAACCACAAAAAGUCAACAUACUUGCUGCUAUGAAUAUGUGACCUGUCCUGAAAAUCACUAUAACAAUCAGACAGAUACGGAUCAUUGCCUUUUAUGCAACAACGAAACUCACUGGGCCCCUAUAGGGCGCACAAUGUACUUUGAAAAGGAAAUGGAGUACCUUGACUGGAAUGACUCCUUGGCUAUCUUGCUCCUGGCCCUCUCUCUGCUGGGAAUCCUGUUUGUUCUGGCCAUUGGCAUAAUAUUUACAAGAAACCUGAACACACCCAUUGUGAAAUCAUCCGGGGAAUUGAUGGUCUGCUAUGUAAUCCUCUUCUGUCAUUUCCUCAAUUUGGCCGGCUCAGGCUUUUUCAUUAGAGAACCACAAAGCUUCACGUGUAAAACCAGGCAGACGCUACUUGGCGUGAGCUUUGCUCUCUGCAUCUCCCACAUUCUGAUGAAGACCCUGAAAAUUCUGCUGGCCUUCAGCUUUGAUCCCAAGCUGCAGAACUUCCUGAAGUGCUUCUAUAAACCCAUCCCCAUCAUUUUCACUUGCACCCUCCAGCUCAUCUUUGCAGCCCCUGCUGUGGGACAAAAUGUUUCCUUGCCCAGAGCCAUUAUCUUCGAAUGUGAGGAGGGGUCCAUUCUUGCAUUUGGCUCCAUGCUGGUCUAUACUGCCAUCCUGGCCUUCAGGUGCUUCAUUUGUGCCUUCAAAGGCAGGAAAUUACCUGAGAAUUACAGUGAGGCCAAAUUCAUAACAUUUGGCAUGCUCAUUUACUUCAUAGCUUGGAUCACCUUUAUCCCCAUCACUACGUUUGGCAAAUAUUUGCUGGCUGUGGAGAUUAUCGUUAUUUUAAUAUCUAACUACGGGAUCCUAUGUUGCAUGCUCUUCCCCAAAUGCUAUGCUAUUCUUUCUAAGCAAGAGACUAACACAAAAUCUGUCUUUCUCAAGAUGGUUUACAGUUACUACUCCCGCAGUGCAGGCAGCCUUGCCAUGAGCCACAGCAACGUCACAAUAACCAACCCCAGCUCUGCUGGUGAGUCUGCAGUCCAGCAGAAAAGUAGAGACCUUCAGGUACAAGGCUUUGCACACACAUGCAGAGAAAAUGCUACAUGCAGAUCUAAACUUUUGCCUCAAAAAAGAAUCUCAAGUAUAUGA